GAGGCAGCGGCGGCGGCGGUGGCCGCGGCGUCUUUAGCGGCUCCCAGUGCAGGAUGGUGCUGGAGGCGGCGGCGGCGGCCGUUGUGGCGGCGGUGUCGUUGGCGGCAGCGGGAGGGGGUGCUGUGGCGGCAGCGGCGGCGGCGCCCGCGGGUGGUAUAAAAUGGCGGAUUUCGAGGAGUUGAGGAAUAUGGUUUCUAGUUUUAGGGUUUCUGAACUACAAGUGUUACUAGGCUUUGCUGGAAGGAAUAAAAGUGGACGCAAGCAUGACCUCCUGAUGAGGGCGCUGCAUUUAUUGAAGAGCGGCUGCAGCCCUGCGGUUCAGAUUAAAAUCCGAGAAUUGUAUCGACGCCGAUACCCACGGACUCUUGAAGGCCUUUCUGAUUUAUCCACAAUCAAAUCAUCGGUUUUCAGUUUGGAUGGUAGCUCCUCACCUGUAGAACCUGACUUGGCUGUGGCUGGAAUCCACUCGUUGCCUUCCACUUCAGUUACACCUCGCUCGCCGUCCUCUCCUGUUGGUUCUGUGCUGCUUCAAGAUACUAAACCCACGUUUGAGAUGCAGCAGCCAUCUCCCCCAAUCCCUCCUGUUCAUCCUGAUGUGCAGUUAAAAAACUUACCCUUUUAUGAUGUCCUUGAUGUUCUCAUCAAGCCCACGAGUUUAGUUCAAAGCAGUAUUCAGCGGUUUCAAGAGAAGUUUUUUAUUUUUGCUCUGACGCCUCAACAAGUUAGAGAGAUAUGCAUAUCCAGGGAUUUUUUGCCAGGUGGUAGGAGAGAUUAUACAGUCCAGGUUCAGUUGAGACUUUGCCUGGCAGAGACGAGUUGCCCUCAAGAGGAUAACUAUCCCAAUAGUCUCUGUAUAAAAGUAAAUGGGAAGCUGUUUCCUUUGCCUGGCUAUGCACCACCACCUAAAAAUGGGAUUGAACAGAAGCGCCCUGGACGCCCUUUGAAUAUUACAUCUUUAGUUAGAUUAUCCUCAGCUGUGCCAAAUCAGAUUUCCAUUUCUUGGGCGUCAGAAAUUGGAAAGAAUUACUCCAUGUCUGUAUAUCUUGUACGACAGCUCACAUCAGCCAUGUUAUUACAGAGAUUAAAAAUGAAAGGUAUUAGAAACCCUGAUCAUUCCAGAGCACUAAUUAAAGAAAAACUUACUGCGGAUCCUGAUAGUGAAAUUGCUACCACUAGCCUUCGGGUGUCCUUGAUGUGCCCUUUAGGAAAAAUGAGGCUGACAAUCCCAUGCCGUGCAGUGACUUGUACACAUCUACAGUGCUUUGAUGCUGCCCUUUAUCUGCAAAUGAAUGAGAAGAAGCCCACCUGGAUUUGUCCUGUGUGUGACAAAAAAGCUGCCUAUGAAAGUCUAAUUUUAGAUGGGCUUUUUAUGGAAAUUCUCAAUGACUGUUCUGAUGUGGAUGAGAUCAAAUUCCAAGAAGAUGGUUCUUGGUGCCCAAUGAGACCGAAGAAAGAAGCUAUGAAAGUAUCCAGCCAACCAUGUACAAAAAUAGAAACUGCAGGUGUCCUCAGUAAGCCUUGUUCAGUGACUGUAGCCAAUGAGGCAAGCAAGAAGAAAGUGGAUGUCAUUGACCUAACAAUAGAAAGCUCUUCUGAUGAAGAGGAAGAUCCUCCUGCCAAAAGGAAAUGCAUCUUUAUGUCAGAAACACAAAGCAGCCCAACCAAAGGGGUUCUCAUGUAUCAGCCAUCUUCUGUAAGGGUGCCCAGUGUGACUUCGGUUGAUCCUGCUGCUAUUCCGCCUUCAUUAACAGACUACUCAGUACCAUUCCACCACACGCCAAUAUCAAGCAUGUCAUCAGAUUUGCCAGGUUUGGAUUUUCUUUCCCUUAUUCCAGUUGAUCCCCAGCAGUACUGUCCUCCUAUGUUUUUGGAUAGUCUCACCUCACCCUUAACAGCAAGCAGUACGUCUGUCACCACCACCAGCCCCCAUGAAAGCAGUACUCAUGUUAGUUCAUCCAGCAGCAGGAGUGAGACAGGGGUCAUAACCAGCAGUGGAAGUAACAUUCCUGACAUCAUCUCAUUGGACUAAAGGAGGACUCACUCGAUUCUAGGAAUCAUUCAUUAAAACUGCUCUUUCUUGGAUCUCUGGUCCGUGGAAGCUAUUUUUUUGGUAACGAUUACUUU